AUGCGCGUCGGCAAGCGACCAAGACGGUGGAGAAGCGGCUGGAGAAAGGCUAAACAUGUCUUGAAGGAGAAGACAGUCUUCCAGGUUCUCAUUCAUCGCAAACGCGGGCCGAGAGUCCUCUCCAUUGGCUCUUCUCGUGUUGAGAUUCGAUCCACACCACCCCAGGUUGCAAGCAGUGAGACUCUGAGCAGCUCACAGAACCGGCAUUCAGCGACUCCUAGUAUCACCAGGACACUGCCAUCGCAGAAUGGGCGGUUCACGUAUACCAUUCACUAUGGCCGCAACGGGUCCGGGAGUAGCCUUUCAGUGAGUGGACAUCGCAACGCCUUGCGCUUUUCCCAUCCCGUCGUCAACGCGGUGAUUCCAACGCCAUCUCUGCCGCAGGUAUUGACUCCCAUUACACCAACUCCGUACUCUGAUAGCUACGAGCCUGCAUGGUCUAGUUAUCAACCCUCGCAAACGACAAGUCGUGAAUCAACGAGCACAUCUAUCACGCCUACAAGCGCACAGUUCAAUGGCCAGGUCAAACCGGAAGCUGUUGCUGGAGACCACGUUCGUAACUCGGCUCUAGGCCUCACCGUUCCACAGGCUCUCAAUCAGUUGGAUGGUGUCCCAAGCAGCUUGCGAGACAGAGUUGAGCUGCCAAGAUCAGUCAACGAGCUUGUCUUCAAAAGUAGGGGACCAACCUGCGGUGGAAGACUUGGGCACCGUCGAACGACGGCACGCUCGCUCUACCUUGCUAAACCUCUUCCAUUCGACGCUCGCGCCCUGACUGUCGAUCUCGAGCAGUGCAACGGUGAGAGCAAUCCAGCUGACUUGGAAAGACAGAAUGCUCUAUCUGCUCUUGAGGGUGAGUCCACCGUGCUAGAGUCCCCUUCGCCAAGCGAGAGGAGGCAGCGCCGAGAGCUGGCACCUUCGUCUUUGUAUCUUGCUAGACCGCACCCUUUCGACGCCAACAGGCUCACGCAAGACCUCGAGCGAUGCAAUGGACAAGGUGUCUCAUCUGAGGAGUCACGGCAGAAUGCGCUGCAAGCACUGGAGGGCAGCAUGCCUGCUCAAAACUCGCCUGAUCUCGGCCCUCUGCUGCAGAAGUAUGUCGCCGAUGCGCAGAAGCAGGGCAAACGUGCUACGCAGUACCCGGGCAAAGAAGCGUACGGGCAGAAGCGGUAUACCGCUUUCAAUCCGUCCAUGCUUCCAGAGCCGCUCCGGACUUCACAGGACAACAGACCUAUCACGCGCGUCGUUUCUCCGCCAGCCGACGACAGUGCGAUUGCAGGUAUCGACAAAGGCAAGAGACCUACCGACCGCCAAGUAGAGCAGGACCUCGAAAAGGCGCGCCGGCGACAAUUCCGGAACGCCAGUGCUCGGGACUUCUCCGGUCUGCAAGUCGAGCAGCUUGGCUCACACUUCGCUGUCGAGCAGGAACCUGCUCGCCCGGUCCGUAAGUCCCGUCGUCUGGAUUCGUCUCUGCCUCCGGCUGCACCAGCGUCCCCUCCCUCCCCGCACCGCAAAAGUGUCGUGCUAGACAAUGGCUACCCUCCACUCCAGGGUGCACCACUUCAGCACAUCAAGCGCAAGCCGCUGAAUGCAACAAAGCCACCUCUCGCGCCGCCACUGCCGCAUUUGCCUUCGGCACCGCAACCGGGCGAAUCUACGAAGGCGCAGAUUGCGGCGUAUACCGAGAUGGCUCGACUUCACCAGGAGCAGAGCAGACUGAUGCGGCAAUAUGCGGAAGAUCUGUCCCGGCAAUUUCCAUCGCCACCACAGCAGGGAGGGGGGAUCGAAUGGAAGAGAACGGUGAAGAGGGCGAUCAUGAAGGACUGGUAG